AUGGAACAGGACCAUUACACAGUCAAUCAGAUUCUGGCAGAGUCAGAUGAAUCAACACCACUCCUUGCCGGCUCUGCAGGUACCAAAAGCCGCGACGAAGAAAAAUGGAAGCCUGGCCCCGGCUUUGUUUGGAUAGAGAUUGCCAUCUUCUCGAACGUGUUUCUCUCUGGCUUCGACGGGACGAUCACGGCCUCGACGUAUGCCGUAAUCGGCUCCGAGUUCAAUGCGGCGAACACCAUAUCAUGGCUGACGACGUCCUAUUUGAUCACCAGCACCGCGUUUCAGCCGCUGUAUGGGCGGUUCUCUGACAUCCUGGGACGGCGGACGUGCUUCUUCACGGCAACGAUCACGUUUCUGCUGGGAUGCCUCGGGUGUGGGUUUGCUCCCGAUAUCAUCACGCUGAACUUGAUGAGAGCCCUAACUGGACUCGGGGGUGGGGGACUCAUGACCAUGGCCACAAUUAUCAACUCGGAUAUGAUCCCCUUCCAGGAACGAGGCAUGUACCAGGCCUGUCAGAAUGUCCUGCACGGAUUUGGCUCCAUCUGUGGGGCGUCCCUGGGUGGGCUUAUCGCAGACCACAUCGGUUGGCGAUGGUGCUUCCUCCUCCAAGUGCCUGCGUCGACAUUUGCUUUCGUCGUGGGGCAUUUCGUAAUCAAGAAGAAUGAAUCCAGAAAGUUAGUCGCGGACGAGGAGCAGUCGUCAGACUCCGGGAAGCUCGCUUCGAAAUGGGACCAGAUCGAUCUCUCAGGCGCCAUCCUCUUGGUCCUCGGCCUCUCUACGCAGCUGGGUGCCAUGACCAUGGGCGGGAAUAACUACCCUUGGAGUGAUGUCCGUGUCAUUGUCGCCAUGAUAUUGAGCGUGAUACUCAUCGUCAUAUUCGUUGUGGUGGAGCUCCGAACGAAGGCAGUCCCUGUGAUGCCCAUGUCCAUGUUACACGGGACUCUUGCCAUGUCAAAUCAGAUAAGUAACGUUUGUGUUGGCAUGGCUGCAUACUCAUUCCUCUUUAUCAGCCCCUUGUUCUUCCAAGUUGUUCUUCGGGACAAUCCUUCCGAAGCUGGUAUGCGUCUGGUGAUUCCUUCUCUGGCCACCCCAGCUGGAGGACUUCUUUCUGGCAUCGUCAUGUCUCGAUGGGGGCGGCUCAGCGAGCUCGUGAGGGCUGGCUGCUUCAUCAUGAUGCUGGGCAAUGGACUCGUGGCCUCUCUGCAGUAUCAGGAUGCAUCGUGGAAGUACAUUGUAUAUCUCUUUCCGGCGAAUUUUGGACAAGGGAUCUGCUAUCCCGCAAUUCUCUUCACCUUCCUGGCUGCCUUUGACCAUAGUUACCAAGCCGUCUCCACCUCAACGGUGUAUCUGUUCCGAUCCAUGGGCACGGUCUGGGGAGUGGCUGCAUCGUCGACAUUGCUGCAGAACAUCCUGGCACAGCAGCUCCCUUCGGCUCUAGAGGGCGUCACAAAUAAGGACGACUUGAUCGAUCAGAUCCGUCAUUCCGUUGCGGUCUUGGAUCGUCUGCCGCCGGAUGUGCAAUCGGCUGCGAGACAUGUGUACUACCGUGCCUUGAAAUAUGCCUACAUGGCCAAUACGGCCGUUGCAGCCGUUGCAUUGCUGUCGGCGUUCUUUGCUCGUGGGAAGAGCCUUCAUCGAAAAUAG